GUCAGAACCACCAAUAGCUUCCCCCACUUGGCUCCCUGAUCGGCUAAACCAACCUAUCACGAGUCUAAGGCUGCCCGUUAACGUCUACGGAGGUGUUGCGGGGGUCUUUAUCUUCUCCCCUGCACUGUCUCUUGUGGGAGAAUAUCUUUUUCAUUCAUCCUGCAGAUGGUCGCGAACCGAUGCUUCUGAGUCCUGGUCAGCGCGUCGACUUCUUCUACUGGGUAUAUUGUCAGCGAAUACGGGCAUCUGGAGUACUAAAUAGCUGGAUGCUGUUUCAGACAAGAAUUCCUACAUCCAAUUGCUACCGCAAACCUAAGAAUGUAGAUCUCUCGCAGAUGUUGACAUUGGGGAUGCUAUCGGCUCCGCUCCACCUUUCCGGGCGAUUUAUGUACAUGGGUGCAUAUGUGUGGGUACGUUCAACCCGAAUGCACUGUGAACUGUCUGUGUACUAUAGCAUCAAGUCUGAGUUUAUUAUUAGGGUUGUACAUCUGAUACUACUUGGGGAGGAUUGGAGUCACUGACGAGAGAUCAUCAUACUACUAAUGGAAGUCAGCUGACAGUCUAUUGAGGCACACCAUUCGGCACUGAAUAUAUAUAUCCACGCCAUUCAAAUUACACCGUGCGAAAUUAUGAGAGCUAACUGUGAGACUCGA